AUGACGAGGCGACCAAUGCAACCAACUAUGAUGUUUGCUAUCAAGACCUACACCGCUCAGAACCGACAAUACCGACAAAACCAACAAUCGUUAAGACAGAUAGCAUCUUCUUCCCCUGGCUAUGGGGCGAUGAAUCUGACAUCCAAUAUCAUGCAAGGUGCGAGUGAAAAUUCUAGAGUGUCUUAUGUGACUGGCAAUGUUGGCUCUUUGUCAUCUAGUGCACACAUAGUUCUGCAUAGUGCCAACAUGGAUACCUCGCUGCCAGAAGGAGAUUCUCUUGGGCAUGUGAACACAAUGCUUUCACUAGGGAUAACCCCUACACGACAUGAUCUUUCUGGAGCGUCCAUCAACAACCUGUUAACACACAAUCUGGAUACACGUGAAUCCAACCGAUUCUCUCCCAAGGUGGCGCAGGCACGCCCAGCGCCAAUGAAGGAUCUCCCAAGGGAACCAAAGUUCACCUGUCCAGUCUGCAUCAAUGAGCUGGUCGAUGCAUCGUCUACUAUCUGCGGCCACAUCUUCUGCAAGAAAUGCAUAGAGGCCUCCAUCCGAUUUCAGAAGAAGUGCCCUACCUGUCGUAGGAGGCUGACCUUGAGAAAUUUCCACCGCAUCAACCUCCCGGCGAUGGAUUGAGCUGAUCCAGCCAUUCUGGGCGUGGUGGAGCAUCAACACCCGAC